AUGCAGCAAUUAGCUCUUGAUUUCUAUAAGAACCUCUACACAUCAGAGGGUGUCCAAGGUAUGCAGGAGGUGCUCGAUCAUGUCCCGGUGAAAGUGACAGCAGCAAUGAAUGCGAGUCUGUUGGCUCCAUAUGAAGAGAAAGAGGUCAAAGCAGCGUUGUUUCAAAUGUUUCCAACUAAGGCUCCGGGGCCAGAUGGAUUCCCGGCGCAUUUCUUCCAGAGACACUGGGAUGUAUGUGGAGAGGCGGUAACUAGGGCUGUUCUUGGCAUUGUCAGGGGGGAGGAGAGCCCUGAGGGGCUUAAUGAUACUUUAUUGGUGCUGAUCCCGAAGAGGAACAGAUCCAAAGCGAAUAGCUACUGCGCUUUAAAACUGGAUAUGAUGAAAGCUUAUGACAGGGUGGAAUGGACUUACCUGCGUGCUAUUAUGGAGAAACUUGGUUUUGCUUCUCAAUGGACAGCCAGAUUUCUCAAAAAAAAAAAUCCCUCGCGGCCAUGCUCCGCCUCCGGUGAUGCGUCCUCAACCACCUCCUCUCCUCUGCAUAUCCAGCCACUUCUCCCGCAUCCCAUCUCCACCGCGCGCCUCAUCUCCGCCGCCGCGCCGAACGCUACCUUCGCCGUGGAGGACUACCUCGUCUCCACCUGCGGCCUCACCCGAGCGCACGCACUCAAGGCCUCCGCAAAGCUCCCCCACCUCAAGUCCCCCUCCAACCCCGACACCGUCCUCGCCUUCCUCGCCGGCAUCGGCCUCUCCGGCGCCGAUGUUGCCACGGCCGUCGCGAGGGACCCCAGGCUCCUCUGCGCCAAACUGGAUAAAGCCCUGGCCUCCAACGUCGCGGGGCUCGCCGGCCUCGGCCUCUCGCGCUGCGAGAUCGCGCGUAUCGUCUCGCUCGCCGGCUACUCCUUGGGCAACAAAUCCGCCGUCGCCAAGCUACAGUACUACCUGCCCCUCUUCGCCUCACCCGACAAGUUCAUCCAGGCGAUGAAGUUCAAUACCAAUCUCCUCACGUACAGCCUGGAGGGGGUCACCAAGCUCAAUGUCGCGUUCCUGCACAAGUGCGGGCUAGGUGCUUGUGAUAUGCUCACCAUCAACAUAGAGCGCCUCCGGGCGAUGGUGGCAUGCGCCGAAGGUCUAGGCGUACCCCAUGGCUCUAGGAUGUUCUGGCGUGCGCUGAAUGCUGCUGCAUCUCUCCGUGAGGAGAGUAUCGCCGCCAAAGUGGACAGCUUGAAGAACAUUUUCAGGUGGUCCGGUGCUGAGGUGGGCAUUGCUUUCUGUAAGGCCCCAAUGGUGCUGGCAUUGUCCAAGGACCUGCUGCAGAGCAAGUCAGACUUCCUGAUCUCUGAUGUGGGAUUGUCACCAGCAUACAUUGCUCCACGGUCGACAUUGCUCACUUUCAGCCUGGAAGAGAAGGUGUUCAUGGAGAAGUUCAUAUGCCCUCACAAGGAAGCUGCACCGCAGCUCUCUGAAGACUACGCAGUAGCUUGCAAGGGGGAAGUGCCGACUAGAUUCAGAUUUUCAUGAACAAGAACCUGCAAUGGAAAAUGUAACUGCUUAUGGCACACAAAAGUUUUGACUCCCGCAAGUUGGUAAGUCAUGUUUUGGUGUUCCUCGCCUGAUUAGAUGUGAAUUGUCCGCCAUUGUAUAUCUGUUUCAUGCUGGUUUGGAUAUUUUACAUGUCUGUUACAUGUUUUGGUGUUCUUUGCCUAAUUAUAUGCAAAUUGUCCGCUAUUGUAUGUCUGUUACAUGCUGGUUUGGACAUUUCUAAUGCCUGAUGAAACUGAUAAUUUUCGUCCUGAAUCAUGAUUUGUUGAUUCCAUCAUUCAGUAGAGAAGAAAGCAUGCAGCGGUUAUGAACUUGUUCAUCCUCAUGCCAUGAUUAGAAAAGAGACCAGGCCAUUCUGCAAUGCACAAAAAAAAUCUAGUUUCAAACUAGGUGGUGGUGCGUUUCAAGUUUUUUUUUUUUAAUUUUCUGCAUUGCAAGAAUUUUGGUAUUUCGGUAACACGUCAUAAAAUUAUCAUUUCAAAUGUCCCUGUGUUCUUCAUUUUGGUUAAGAAAUAAGUAUAUAAGCGUAUGCUAGAGCCUAGGUAUGUGUAUCAUACACGAAAAGGUUCACAUGUCUAGUUCAAGAGCUGUCAACAAUUUAGCAUGCAAUCAUUUCAGUUUGGAUUGCCUGUAUGUGACCACAGGGAAGCUAGCACAUCUUGGAGUUGGAGUUGUUUUACAAAACUGUCAUUUUAAUCGUCUGUAGUUCCUAAAUUUGCAGUACAAGUUUUUCCACCAUGUUCAUCAAUUAAUUAAAGUGUCUCCAACAAUGUAUUUGACAAUCAUGUUUGUAGCAAAUAUAUAAAUGUGUCUAGCGCAAAUUCAGCGUCCUAAUGGGAAGUAUUUGUGAAUAUGUAUAUCUGUGGAUACCCAUCCAUACCUGUUGUCACGAAUGUUUAAAUUUCUGUUGUGCGAACUAUAUACCCUACAUUUAUAUGGAUCACCUAUGUAUUUUAACACAUGUAUUGUUCAUUUUACCUGUGUAUGUGGUAAUGCCACUGAGCAGGAGCUGCUUAGUGCAACUCUGGUAAUGAUUUUUGUGAGGUGAAAUUGGGUGAGUGAGAAAAUACUCUAAUAUGUGAAAGUAGCAAUGUACUCCCUCCGUAACAUAAUAGACACUUUUUGACACUGCCAUGGACUCUAAAAUUGUCUUAUAAAAUGUUACAGAGGUAGUAGUUUUUAGAUAGCUUCACGAGGACCCGCUGAGAGCGCUUAAUUGUUUCUUCCUGUGCAUAUGUGCAUCAAAGUGGAUCAAUUUGUGGCAAUGGAUAUUAUCAGUGUUUCCUCAUACCAAAUUUUUUUGAGUAAUUAAAUUGGUAAGUGUUUACAACAGGUUCUUGGCCGAGUUAUGUUAUUGAUGGUGUAAUUAGAUGUUUUGUUCUUCAAAAUCUUAUUGUUUUAAUUAGAGUCAGGUCUAAGAAACAAAAUACAUGAAUUUUAAAUUCGGAAUUAGCUAGCAUGCUUAAUGAUUUUCUAUGCACUUGCGGAUUUUUCAUUUGCAGCUUUCAGAAAAUAAGAAUGCGUGACUGAAUGUUGUAGACCGAUGGUGCAUCCUUCCUUGGAGGAUAAGAUGUGUUGAGACUGGAUGUAGAUGAUGCAUGAUGCUUUCAGGUCCUUGCUUGCUAUGUACACUAAGCGCGAUGCCGAUGCCCUGAAGCGGCUUAAGCAACAAGUAUGGCCUUAUGUGACUGAGCAGGAGUUUUGUUCAGAGAAGAAGAGGCUCCUUCUCGUAUAUUGUGCUAGAGAUUGUAUGUAACAUGCGACAUGGACCAACCUUACCCUGCGAAUGUAAAUGUGCUGUUGGCUGAACUUGCACCUCUGCAAUUUUAUAUCUGAUUUUAUGGCGGUAUUAUGUUGUUCAUGUCAUUCGUAAAUGCCAAUAGGUCUUGCUCAAUUAUGAUAUAUUUUCCUGUGCCAUUUCAACAAUUUUUGUUUCUGGGGAUGGAUGGGUGUUGAGACUUUUUUUAUCUUAAAUAAUGUAGGUCAUGUACAUAUAGUCUUGCAUGUUGAUAGCCAAUGGUGAUGUAAAUUUAUUAGACCUUUUACUUCUUUAGAUAGCAUCAUACCCACAACUUAAACCAUUAUGCGCUCCUGCUUAAAAUUAGCAUUUGGUGAUCACAGUGCAGAAGUGAAAAUAUUCCUGGUUAUUGCUAAGUUGCUGCAAGGUGCUCUAGUAAGAAUGAAAUUACAAGUUUGUUGGGCAUUCAGGUAUCUAUUAACUGACAUGUGUUUAUUCUGUCUUUGCCGCCUUUUGCAGAGUCAGCUGCUGAUAUGAUGGCCACGUCUGUAGAAUCAUCCAAAUUUGCUCGCUGGUUUUGCCAUGAAGGCACAUAUGCAUAUGCAGCAACAAACACAACAAGGUGAAGUGUAUAAUGCAAUGACUGGUCAUUAUUUCUCUGUCCACACCAAGGGACCAAAUAUGCCACAAAAUUAGAGAGGGAUGUGGAUGGAAAUGGACAGAACUGAGAGAAUUCAGCAGAUGGGGGGAACAUCUUUCUAUGUUGAUGUUGUCCUAAAGGACCCAUACUUGAAAUUCCAUUAUUAUCAGGAGAGGAUCCUAUUUGGUAGUUGCAGGCUUGCAGCAAUGGAAAAGUUUUUUGACAUGUCUGGGACACCUAUAGAACAGUGGCUGGAUAUUGCUACAGGACACUUUUGUGGUAAAGCAAAUGUGUGGAUGAAAAACAUGUGCAUUCCCUGGCAAACAGUGAAUUGGCAGGAAUUUUGCAUAGGCUAAUGCUCGUUCUGCAAUACAUAGACCAAUCUGAGGAGUGUUUACAGUCGGCGAGAAGAGACCACCCAUAUUUACAACAAACAUUUCUCAUAAGUUAUUUCGUAGGAGGUCUAAGAGCUGACAUUAAGCAUGAUGUCUGCUAGAUGCAUAUUGGUUUGCUAAAGUAUAUGAAAAUGUUGCCCUGUCUACCAUCCACUGCAAGAAGGUACCACCUGGGAAGAUUUCAGGUUCACUGAGACAACUUUUCGUUCGUUUCAGCCUUGAGGACAGGUGAUGUUUCAAGGCGCUGGCAUUGUCAGCACCUGGGUACUGAUGCUAAGUCUGAACCCCAAAGUGUCACGCAGAAUCGACACUAAAAGCUUCAGUCAACGAACGGCCAGGAUUGGAAGUCCAGUGAGGUUUACAAGGGAUCAGUUAACUCCACCGUUUGCAUGUCAUUAGAUUUAUCUUUACAGUAUUUGAAUUCACGUUAACAGCUGAGUUGUAAUGAACUAUAUAGGUCAUAUUGGACUUGCAUUGAGAGGGUAAGAAAGUUAAUGA